AUGGUCAAUUACAAAACCUGGAUGAAGGACAUCGACGACAACGUCAGCCUUGGAAAAUUGGCAAUUCCUGGAACCCACAAUUCUGCCGCUUGUCACACUGCUCUUCCUUCGGUUCAAUGUCAAGGAGAGUCUGUUACGGAUCAAUUGGAACAUGGUGUGAGGUUCUUGGACAUUAGAGUCGCCAAAAAGUUCUUGAGCGAAGGAGAAGCCGCCAAAGACUUGCAAGUUAUCCAUGGAAAAUUUCCAGUGAAAAUUCCAUUUCCUUUGAUGUUCCUGGAUGUUUUGGACGAAGUUUAUGAUUUUCUUGCUAAAAACAAGUCGGAAACCGUUUUUGUGUCAUUGAAGCAGGAAGGUCAAGACACCUGGGACAAUGACAAGGAUGAGUUUGGCAAUUGUAUUUGGGACCGUUAUGUGAACAAGAACAAGGACAAAUGGUACCUCAACAACAAUAUUCCCAGAUUGGGCGACGCCCGUGGUAAAGUGAUUUUGUUCAGACGUUUUGGUGUUAGGAACGAAGACAGAGCCAGAGAAUUCGGAUUCAAUGCUCAAAGCUGGAACUACAACACCACUGAAGAUGAUCGUGGUUCAUUCGUCGUGCAAGAUUUCUGCGAACUUGAAAGCAAGGAUGACGUUGAAAAGAAGAUUGGUUAUGUCAAGAACUUGACCAAGCGUGCCGCUGACUAUAACAGUAGCAACAGCGACCCCAAAUUGUUCAUCAACUUUUGUUCCGGUUCCAAUUUCUUUAACACCGACUGCUGGCCCCAGAAAAUCUCCGAGGCUAUGGCUGAAGGAGGUGUUGAUGGAGUGUUCAGCAAGGGUGCUGGUAUUGUUGUGAUGGACUACGUUGAGGCCAACGACUGGAAGUUGGUGAAGGAUUUGGUAAACAAGAACUUUUAG